AUGAUCUCCACUGCUCUGGGAUACAUCGCGCACCUGGUAUUCAUGCUCAGCAAAUAUCUCCAAGUGAACCUCCGCUAUCGCGUGGUGCCAUACUCUUCCCGGUCCUUUCUGAAAGACGAGAUCAACGACCCUCAGGGCGAGUACCCGCUGUACAGGAGAGGAGUCGAGAGGGAACGUCAUGAGAAGGCCAUUCGUUUUCUUCGCAAGGACGUGGAGCAGAAGCGCCUAUUCUGGCUCGACUAA